AUGUCUGUUCAACCUGAUUCCAAAAUCAGUAACUGCACCUUUCUCCUUACAGGUUUCCCUGGCCUUGAACAGGAAUAUCCUUGGCUCUCCAUCCCUUUCUCCUGUAUCUAUGCUAUGGUACUCUCAGGGAACUGCCUGGUGCUGCAUGUAACGACAGAGCCGAGCCUGCACCAGCCCAUGUUCUACUUCCUGGUCAUGCUGGCUCUCACUGACCUGUGCAUGGGGCUGUCCACAGUGCACACGGUGCUGGGCAUCCUGUGGGGGCUCAGCCAGGAGAUUGGUCUGGAUGCCUGCAUUGCUCAAACCUUUGUUCAUGGUCUCUCAUGCAUGGAGUCUGGAGUCCUUCUUGCCAUGGCCUUUGAUAGCUUCACUGCAAUCUGCAAUCCUCAAUACACAUCUAUCCUCACCAAUACCAGAAUCAUCGACAUUGGUGUGGCCAUUUUAGGGAGGAGUUUCCUGUUCAUCACUGCUCCCAUUGUCCGCCUAAAAUUCUUCGAUUACUGCCAUCCUCACAUCCUCUCCCACUCUUUCUGCCUGCACCAGGACCUGCUUCGGCUCGCCUGCUCUGACGUCCGCUCCAACAGCUUCUAUGCCCUGGCUCUGGUCAUCUGCACACUGUUUUCGGAUUCAGUGCUCAUUCUUGUCUCAUACAUCUUGAUCCUGCACUCAGUGUUGACUAUUGCAUCCCGGGAGGAGCGGUUCAAGUCCUUGCAGACCUGCGUCUCCCACAUCUGUGCAGUUCUAGUUUUCUAUAUCCCAAUCAUUGGUCUGAUUAUGGCGCACCGUUUUGGAAAGCAUCUCUCCCCCGUGGUCCACGUCCUCAUGGGCAACAUCUAUAUCCUUUUCCCACCCUUGAUGAACCCCAUCAUCUACAGUGUCAAAACCCAACAAAUACGUACCAGGAUCCAGAGAUGGUUCAUUAAACCAAACUGA